AACGGACGGGUUGGCGAGGCUCGAAAGUCCCGAGAUGAAAGCUGUCGCCGACGCUCCACUCGGAUCCUUCCAUGCCCUUUUCGCCGACGACGUCCGUGCGCGCCCAGAGGUGUCUUGAUGUCGUACUGCGAGUUUGUGACUCGAGGUGAAACAUUCAGGUGGGCAGCGAAGCAAAGUGCGUCGUUGUUCCAUCGAUACCUACAGAGAUUACAUGCUACAUGUCAUAAUGUAGUGUAGGAGCGAGGAUAUUGUCGCGGUCGCACCUUCCUCCGAUACGCGCCUGCCUGCUCUUGAGCCUGCUGCCAACCCGGCGCCCCACCUUCACAUGAUUCCACUCCCGCACCGACUUGGGGCUCUCUCUGCAUACCAUCCCCCUUGCAAUUCUCUCACUUCGCUCUGAGUUUUGAAGGUCACCUCACCUGGCCAUCAGCAAGAGCGACUGAUUGCGGACAGAAAUCCUAGUUCUCAUGACGCGCGCGACGCGAUCAUGUCGGGCGUUGGGGAAUCCCUAAACAAACGACCCAGGCUCGAGCAGCGCCCACGGACAGCCAAGGACAUUGCGCAAACAAACUCCACUCUGCACUUCUUUAUGGGACGCGGUGGCAAUCGAUGGAUGAACCGACGAGAAGAUGCACCGCUCCCGCCAUACCAAGAAUCAGAGGUGCCGCCAAUACGGGAUGAAGCAUCCGUGCCAAUCUUACGAGACACUGCAGCAGCCUCUUUCCGCAGUCAUGAUAACACCAAAUCUGGAGAGCAGACCGAUUUACCUGCGGCUAAUGCUGUUGCGUCAACUCCAGCGCAGCAAGCAGGGGAAGCAACCAAUGUGGCCGGAGUACCUAACACCGCGGUGGGGCGACAACCGCUGGAAGAGCAACAAGCAUCCCAGGGACAGGCUUCACGAAAAAAUGCUUCUCAACCAUCCCACAACCAUCAAGACCCGCCACCGACAAAGCGCAAACCAGGCCGACCACUCGGCUCCAAAAACAAACCCGAAGGGUAUAAUAGACGCUACUUCCCCACGACCAUCACUCUUCCAUCCCAGACUCAAGGUCAAGGUGUAUCAGACCGCCCAUCGGCCUCCACGCCGGACAGGCCCCAUCACAUGCAUCCCGUGUAUUCGCAUGUCCCCGCUCUUCCCGGAGCAGAACAAACGCCCCUUCAACCGCGACUCUCCGGGCCACCAACAAGCAUGGCCACAGCACAAGCGCUAUCGAAGACGAGCAUGCUGGAGCGCUUUCAUGCCUUCCAGAGGAAUCAAGCAUCUCAAAUAAAGCUCAAUCCCGUCGAUCAAGGCCGCCUAACACUCCUCAAGGAAGCCAUCGAGAAGGACGACCUUUUCUACGUCGUUCUGAGCCAGAUUUAUGCCCUCACCAUCACGCCAAAAUUCAUUCCCAAAUCUGCUCAACACCUUCACCCGGAGAGUUUCGCAUAUCUCGACACUCUGCUCUGUCCGAACCAGAUGCUCAGUCCGCCGGUCUUGCUAUGGCUGUGCAAAUUCCCCGAGCCUGUGGCCCACAUCGAGAUAUCGCCAGCUGCAACCCUCUACGAGCCGAAGGUGGUCCAGGUCGCCGCAUUCCUCCGUCUUCUCCCACAGCGGUGGCAUCAACUAGCUCAAGAGAGCAUCUCGCGGCAAGCACCGCCGUUGGUCCAGCAUCUCCACGACACAUUGCAGCUGAGCAGCCCCGUGGUGCAGACUGCCGUUUUCCGCCUGCUCGCGCGCCAGGUCAUGGACUCCCGAUCAUUCCUUUAUCCCGAGCAGGGUGUCGACAAAAUCCAGAUCCUGCACAAGAUCGACCAAGCGCUGUUUUUCCAAGGCUGCAAAAGGACCCCGCAGGAGGAAGCGGCGGCGUAUAGCGUGUACAGCCAGUUUCGGGCGCGCUGGGCGGCUCAUGAACGCGCGGUGCAACAAUGGACAAGCGUGUCCAAGAAAGUGGCCAACAAGGGCGCGUUGCCGCUUUUCGAUAUCCCCGGCGAGAUGUUUGCCGUCUUCAACAGCGCAACGGCGUUGCCAAAGGCAUCUCGGUUGCCGCCUUCCUUUGUCUUUCCCCGCGAAAAUGAUGCACCGCAGUCGCAGCCUACGAACCCCAAUCCUGUUCGUAGUGCCUUGCACCAAGCGCAUCUGCGUAGCCCGAAACUCAUGGCAGCAGACUCCGAAGCCGAGCGUUUAUACCGCUAUGUGCACGGCUUUGCUCUCUCGCCCGCGAAGCUCAACAAGGACCACCCAAUCCAGAGCAUCUCGUUCAACAUUCCCCAGGAAACCUUUGCCAAAGUCCCGAUCACGACUCCAUCGCAGCAUGGUGAACCUCCUGAGCGUGUGCUGACCGAAGCUUCCAACACAUACCGCCUGCGCUGCGCCGCAUACCCACCUAACGGCUUCCCAGACGAGUCGACAUGGGUCGUAGCCGACAAUUACUGGCCCGAAAACCUAUUUCUCGAGUUCAACAAUGUGCCCCUCGAGCCGAGACGCAAGCUGCAUCACAACCGAUACCUGCCCAUCGACCUGACGGAUUACAUUCGCCCUGGCCAGAACUGGAUCAAGGCCGUUGUCAACCGAAUUAGCAAGGACACCCGCCCGUUCGAUUACGUUGUCGCGGUGGAAAUCGUCGGGUUGAUCAGCCACACGUCCCUGACGUCGCAAUUGCAACACCUCCCAGCGAAGGCCUCACUAGCCGCGAUUCAGAAGUCCCUGCAACUCAGUGGCGAAGACGACGGCGAACUCGCCGUCACCUCCAGUUCCCUCACCAUCCGGCUCUUCGAGCCCUUCGCCAACUCUCGCAUCUUCGAUACGCCGGUGAGAGGCACAGCGUGUACGCACCGCGACUGCUUCGACCUCGAGACGUUCCUUCGCUUCUGCAAGCGGGAUAAGCAGCUGUGGCCGACGGUGGUGGAUUGCUGGCGUUGCCCGCUGUGUCGAGGGGACAUCAGGCCGCACACCCUGGUCGUUGAUGGGUUUCUGGUCGAGGUGAAGAAGGAACUCGAAGCCCGUGGCUUGUUGGAUACUCGAGCGAUUGUGGUGGAAGCGGAUGGGAGUUGGAAGCCAAAAGCGGAUGAGAUGACUGGGGUGCGCUCGCCUAGUGUCGAUGCGGAGGAGGUGGCGAUGAAUGGCAAGGGAAAGGGAAAGGUGGUGGAGAUUAUUGAGAUUGAUGAUUGAUUGAGGCUACGACUGCGAUGAAGCGAUGACUUUUGAUUUUUCUUGGCAGAAGCAGUGCCUUUGCGCAAGAGCUGGGGCGUUGCUUUUGACGUGAUCAUGGGAUUAUGGAUUUGAGAUACCCUUCACGCGUGUUGAGGCGAACCUCCUUGGGUAUGGAGCACACUCCAUGGUGUUGCGUUUGCCAAUAGUGGACAAGGCUGCAUACCGUUUCCAGACAUCCUGCUCGUUCAUCUUUCCUGUGCAACUCAUUGAGGCGUUUCAAAUAGCGGGCCGCAAGAAAUGGAAG